UUUCUAAUAGUUUAGUUUGAGCUGAGCUGAUAUAAGGAAAGAUGGCGCGGCUUAGGGGCCGUGCCACGUCUUAUUACGUGACAGAAACGCUAUUAAAGCCUGUAACCUCUUUCCUAUGUGUUGUUGUUUCGUUUCUUUGUGUUUUUCCUGUCAUUGCAGACGCCGGUCUGUACAGCUCGUCGGAUCAGAUUGUUGUUUUAUCUCCGGAUAAUGUGGAUUCUGUGCUGUUUUCCUCCAGCGCGGCUCUGCUGGUGGAGUUUUACGCGACGUGGUGCGGACACUGUGUCGCUUUCUCAACCGUUUGGAAAAGCCUUGCCAGGGAUAUCAAAGAAUGGAAGCCUGCUGUGGAUCUGGCUGCGAUUGAUUGUGCCGAUGAAAAAAACAGACCAGUUUGUAUCAGAUUUGGAAUUACCGGAUAUCCCACUCUAAAGUUCUUCCCUGCUUACUCGGGCAAUACGACCCGAGGGCAAGAGUUCCAAGGAUUCCAAAGGGACGUGAGAGGACUUCGGCACCAGAUUAUCGAGAAAUUGGAAACGCGUGACCAGAUGUGGCCACCUGCUUGUCCACCUUUAGAGGCAGCAAGUGAGGCAGAGAUAGACAGCUUCUUUCAGACCAACAGUGUCAAACAUCUGGCUCUUGUGUUUGAGAAAAUAAAGUCUUAUGUGGGAAGAGAGGUGACGUUGGACUUAUUGCAGUAUGAGAACAUAGCUGUGCGAAGGGUUUUGGACACGGAGACAAGUCUGGUGUCCAGGUUUAAUGUGACUGAUUUUCCUUCCUGUUACUUGUACAACUCGUCUGGAAACAUCUCUAGACUAAAAGUGCUCAAUGAAGCACGUGUGUUCUACUCGUAUGCCCUCCAGAGGCUGCCGGGAGUUGUGAGGACGGGCAAAGUGAAAACUCCCAUCGUUGAUCUCAUCAAGAACUCAACCAAAGAGGAGUGGAGGCCGUUUAACAAGACACGUGUUUAUAUGUCUGAUCUGGAAUCAGCUCUCCACUAUUCUCUGCGCGUAGAGCUGGCUGCUCACAUCCACAUUACUGGAGCUCAUCUGACUGCUCUUAAAAAGUACAUCUAUGUGCUGGCUAAGUAUUUCCCAGGUCGUCCAUCUGUAAAGAGUGCAUUGAAGGCUGUGGACAGCUGGUUACAAGAACACAAGGGCACAGACAUCAAAUACAGCGAUUUUAGAGAUGUGCUGGACAGUGUUGUACAGACGAGUGACGCUGUGUUGCCAGAAGAAGUGCGAUGGGUGGGCUGCCAGGGGUCUCAGGCCCGUUACCGUGGUUACCCCUGCUCUGUGUGGAACCUGUUCCAUGUCCUCACAGUGCAGGCUAAAGAAAUUGAUGAUUCAGACCCGCUGGAGGUGUUGCAGGCAAUGAGAGGGUACAUCAAAAGUUUUUUCGGCUGCAGGACGUGCGCGACUCACUUUGAGAGUAUGGCUCAGGAGAACAUGAAUAAGGUGACCUCACUAUCUGCUGCCGUCCUCUGGCUGUGGUUUCAACACAACCGUGUCAACAACCGCUUGGCAGGAGAUCUUAGCGAAGACCCACAUUUCCCCAAGAUUCAGUGGCCGCCUCCAGAGUUGUGUCCCAAAUGUCACAGUGUGAAGUGGACCGGCGAGCACAGCUGGAAGCAGGAGGAGGUGUCUGCUUUCCUCCAAAACUACUUUUCCUCCGAUCGCAUCCUAUCGGACUACAUGCAGGACGAGACCCAAGCUCUCAUCCAUCAGAGAAACAGGCUCACGGCCGCACGGAUGGAGAAUGAAGCAGGCCGUGGGGCAGAAAGAAGGGCUCGAGACAUUUAUCCUGCUUCUCCGACCGAAGAACUUCAGGGAGAGGAACAGGAGGAAGAGGAGGAGGAAGAACCGGCCCUGGAGGAACAGGCUGGUGAGCAGUACCCUGUCGGGAUGGAGGGAAUGGGGGUUGACGGAAAGGGCCGGACCCCUAACCGGAAACCUUGGGAGAAGCCACAGGGAGAGCAGAAGCGGGAGCAGUCCCCAGGCAAGCCAAGAAUUGUGGGCCUGAAGCUACAGAAGACUCAGGAGGACAUAGUAGACUUGGACUCCUUUGUCAAUCAACACUUUAAAGCUAAAGCUCGUAGUGUUGCGUCCAUGUCCAGUGUGGUGCGACAGAGGAGUCUACAAAAGCAGGAUGAUACGGAGGACUUCCAGUUUGAGAGAGAUUGGAGGGUGAAGCGAGAUCUUGGCAAUCAGGAACAGAACCUCGGUGUUGGGGUCAGGAUAGAGCCGUACCCCAGACCCCAAAACAAGCAUUGGAUGUCACUGCUUAGUGUGGGAUUCUCAAGACUAGAUGUGAGCUUGUGUCUCCUGCUGUAUCUUCUCUCUUCCAUGUUUCUGAUAGCCAUGUAUAAGUAUUUUAAAUUGAGGGUUAAACUGCGACGUGCUAAGGUGUCUCUACCUUAGGUGUCACAACGUAAAGGUGGAAUUUCUGUAUAUCAAGUCUAAUAAGCUGUGGCUGUUGCAGAGUUUUGACAGCUUCGGCUGUUUUUAAUUUGAUGGUAAAUAAGAGGGUAUCAUGAAGACAAUUCCUACACCUGUUUCAUGGAUCCUGUAUUUGUCCAUGAAGGACUGCACGUGGUCUGUUUUUUUCUGUCAAAAUUACAUGACCACUUAUUGAAGAAAUGUUACAUUUUUGAGCUAAGGCAGCAAACAUUGUUUUAAAGCAUUAGCAAUUUUGUAUCAUAUUAAUAAAAUUUGAAAUUACGAUGAAAAACUUCUUGUUCUGAAUAUAGACACCAAUUGACUAUUUCAGUGUAGUCUCCUAUGAUGUCUAUUCCUUGUGCCUUUUAUGAUCAAAUAAUUGAUUUUACCCUUCUGUGUUUUAAGAGAUGAAACCGGUCAAAUAAUCAUGAACAUCACUGUUUUCAAAUAUGCAAGAACUAAACUUAUUCUUACUUAAAUGAUGUGAUUUGUUUUACGUAAAAUCCAAUAAAAUUAUUUUUACUAAAAUCUU